UGGCAAUGACUGUACCGCUGAAGAAACACCUUUUCUCCCGUACAGGAGAACAGAGUCGUUAAUUUAGAAGAAAAAGUACUCAAAGAUGGAUGCCAGUUGCAGGAGCGACCGUGAGGUUUUCGAUUCUACAUGACAACGACGCGGCAAGCUCCCUUGUUUCCUCACAGAAUACUAACCUUUUUCGAUUCACACACCAGUCCAGCCGACAGAACUCCGCGUACCAAAUAGGCAAAGUCAACCUUUAUCUCUGGAACUCUUUUCCGAAUCCUCGAGUUUCUAUGAUUCGCGUUUUCAAAUCUGUUCACAGAAGCACACACGCCCCAGCCCCGCAAUCGUACGCAGCCAAUCGCUGAGUGCAGCGACGACUCUCUGGGUAGUUUUUCACUCUUUUCUUCGCUUUUUCUUCAAGAAAAUGACGUCGACGUACUCCCUCGAGAGUGGAGAAUUGCGUCUGAGCCAGUCCGUGUCUUUCCUGUUGUUCGGUUUCGCGUUUCACAGCGACCCUGACCAAGCCCGAGGGUGGGAGGCUCUUUACACGAGCUCCUGUUCAUUGUUUCUCCGAAGAAACACGCGUGUCCACUCUUCACCAUGCAAAGGAUGUGAAUCUCUUCACUUCUUUGCGACAUCUGUCGCGGAAAAAGGCCGAUCUUUUCAAGACACGUCAACUUUUCUCCGGUUCGUCUUUACACAGUGCAGUGUCUGAAGCAAGUCGGCCACCUUUGCGAGCUGUUUCUUUUUCUUAUGUUCGCAGAAGUCCACUCCCAUUUCCCUCGCUUGCCAAGCCUUUUAGAGCCUUUUCCAUGUCACUCCUUCUGCAAAGACAGUCAGGCUUUCGGACGCUGCGGCGCUCUCUGCGUGAGCAACGUAGCGGCGAGUUUCCGCGUGUCUCGGUUGCUUCUGAGAGUGUCGGAUUUUCAAGGCAAAGCUCGCGAGCAAGACAACGAGACCUCCUUUUUCCACUGUCGCUGUUUCUGAUUCUCUUCAUACCCACCGCUUCUUCCGAGGGUGUGUGACACGCUUAAGCGGCUGAAAUCCGUACUUCGCUCGUUCUUCCCGAGAAAACUGUCACAGCUGUUAGCGCCGGCGAACCACGGGCGCGCUUGGCCGUCUUCGCUUCUAACGCAUUUCCGCGAAGAGCGGCUCAUUUUUACGCUGAAAGAACGGCUUUGUUGUCUUCCACUUCCAAGAGUGAGCAGAUGAGCUUCGACCAUUCAUUUCUCACCCCAGGAUCGCAAGAGACGCGUCCGCGGCCGCCGCUGAAAAGCUUUUUCGGUGACGACCGCGUUGUCUCGGCCAGCUAACCCUCCCGCUCUCUCUCCACUCUGGUCCGAUUUGUCUCCGCGAUUCCCCCUCAUUCCUGUCGGCCUCACACUUUCGCGCUUCUUCAUUUGAACUUUUCUCUUUCUUCGUUCUUCUUCGUUCCUCCCCCGUCUUUUCACUUGUUUCUAGGCGUCGGAAGCGACAAAGUUAACUCCGUCUGAAACUGCAGGCGCAGUUCCUGCGUACCCAAAAAACGCGUCCCCGCCGAAGAGAUUUGUCUUUCUGGAGGGCCUCUCCAGGUCAUUGUCAGAACUGCAAGAUGUCCCUGCAUGCAUCGAUUUUCGUUGGACUUCUCACUCUCCAUAGACGCCAUUUCUUGACAUAUUGGUGAACACCUGGACGCAUUGGUCUGGAGAUUUCACGGUCUUUUGCAAGGGCAGCGAAGGAACAGCAGGAGACCUCUUUGCUGUCGAAACUCGUUUCUACCUGAGAGAGCCUCGGGCAUCUCUCCCGGGAGACAGAGGCGGCCCAUGAACAGCUGCGUCUUUUGCCUGUUGUUUGCUUUGUGUCGGAUUUCUCCUUCUCACUGCAGAUACGGAUUUCUUCGUUUUCUCGACGCACGAUGGAAGUUCCGUUUGAAUUUCUGCACUGCAGGGGGUGUGCUCCUCCUCUUCCUUCUAUGAAAAGAUUCCAGAAGGAAGGCGCCUCUGCUCCGUCUUCCUCUCCAGAGCCUCUGCAGAAACUGUCUCUGCAAUCGUGUUCUGCGACUUUCGUCUUGGACCGAUCUCUCCUUUCUCAAAUCGCCGCCUACUCCAAAUGCAGACCAAGCAGUCUCUCUUCUUCCUGCUCGCGGCCUCCCAGUGCAGCUGUUGCCUUCGACGAUCGACACCGACCCUCUCUCUCUUCAUGUUCUUCUCUUCCUCCCGCUGCUGCGACUUCAUCCUCGCUCUCAACUCGUCCAAAUGCUUUCUGUCCUCGAGCCUUCGUCUUCGUUGAACCGCUUCCCUCCACUUCUCAAGAUUCCUCUUCGUCUUCUGCUGUCUCUUCUUCUUCGUCUUCUGCUGUCUCUUCUUCUUCGUCUUCAUCUUCAGAUCGGCUUCCCGGGGGGGACGGACUGAAGGGGGCGCCUGGCUACUGGGCGCAGACCGGGAGUGAGAGUGUGAACUUCCUUGCGUUUCUGCGGAGCAGCAUUGACGUUCUCGGUGAGAAGUCUGCGUCUGCCCAGAGCAUCCAGGUCGCCAUGACCUCGCUCGCAAAACUGGAAGGAGACAGGCAGGCGCCGGCGAGGCGCGACGAAGGCGCUGAGUCUGUGCGGCUCUUCCUGAGAGUCAACAAAGGCGUCUUGUCCGGAUUCCUGAAGACAGGGCCGAAGACGCUCUGGAUCGGAAACAGCUCCGGCAUGGAGAGAAUCAACGCGCUCUCUCUCUUAGAUUUCUACGUCCUCGAGAGCUGUCAACGGGAAGGGCAUGGUCGCCGCCUCUUUGAGUGCAUGCUGGCAACGGAGAACGUCCGCCCAUGGCAACUGGCUUACGACCGCCCCUCGCCGAAGCUGUUGUCAUUUUUGAGCAAGUUCUUCGAUCUCCGCGACUACAUCCCUCAGGCAAACCACUUCGUCGUUUUCGACAAAUACUUCGAGGAGAAGGAGAAUGCGAACGAGGCAGAAGGUCCGACAAAAGGAGAAAACGACCUCGCAGGGAAACGGCUGCUCCACAGUCGCGCCGUGCAUGCAGUUCCCGUGGUGGCUCACACUCAAGACCGAGACGGAGACGCCUUCGAAAGAAGCGCUGAGAAAAACACAACCUUCCGGCCUUCUUCCCUCUCCGGCGCGCGCCUCAAGCCUGCGCCGUCUAUGCCUUCUUCGUCUUUGCUCUCUUCUUCUCUCUCUCCUUUCUCUUCGGAGAUGUCUCUCUCUCGCUCACAGGGUGCUCCGCACAGGCGGCUUGAGAGACAGAGAGCAAGCGGUGCUUCGCCGAUGCCAGGAACAGCUUCGAGUGUAUCGACUUCUUCUCACUCGAGAGACAACGCGAGUCGAAACGCUUUCUCUUGCUUCUCGCCGAUCCUCUCCUCCUCCGUCCACUCCGAGCUCAAGGGCCUCACCCGACAGGCCGCCUUCCACCGGCUCCUGCCGACGCUCCAGUCGCGCUCUUCGUCUCUCGCCGGAGACAGAAGAGACCGCCGGGCGCCUUCGCCUCCUCGCCAGGCAUCUGCAGGAGUUUCGCUGCACGCAAGGCUCGCGCAAAGUUGCGGAGCCUCUUUCAGAGAGCCAGGGGAAAGCGAAGGAAACCUCGAGAGAAAGCUGAGAGACGCAGACACUCUCAAAGACGCAGCGAAAUGCACUCGCGCUCAAAGGAGGGGAGGAGACACCCAGGCCAAGGAAGAACAGCGAAGAGAAGAACGAGGGACAGGAGAACGGAGGAAUGAAGAACCAGAGAGAGGAGAGAAGAGAAGAGACGAACAGAGAAGAGAGCAACAGAGCAGCGAAUGCCGCGCAGAUCUGCGGAGAUCGUCAAAUUCCUCUUUCAAUGAAGCAUCUGAAGCUUACGCUGUUUCAACACCGGCGACAAACGUGGAGGACAGGCAAGCUUCUGGCCGGCUGCAUGCAGUGGAAUUGAGAGGGAAACAGCGGGAGGCGUUAUCUAGUUUCGAGACAGCCGAGAAGGCGGGGACGAGACCGGAAGCUCGCCUUCCUUCGAUGACGUCGGGGCGACUUCCGACGCCGUUCCUCGAGAGAGAGAGCUUUGUGAAUUCUGCAGAAAAGUGCAACCACACAUUUUACACCUCCUCUUCUUCUUUUCGACCUUUGUUCCACUCCAGAGAAGAAAGACAAGACAGAGACGCUUUCAACAAAACUGAGUCAUCGUACCCCACGUAUCCUGCGCCUGGACCCUGUUCCCCCGCUUUUCGACAGUCUUCAUCGUUCGCUGCCUCCCUCCCUCCCUCUGCCCAUGCUCUUCCUCCUUGCAACCGUCCUACCUCUUCAUCUUCUUCCCUUUCAUGUCGUCUUUCCAAGAGUGGAGUUUCGAGAGAUUUCGACCGUGGAGGAGACGGCUGGUCUGUGGGGGAGAAGAGCAGUCCUGCCGGGAUCUUCGAGGAGGGAGAAAGAGAAGCAUCGCGACUAAGAAAAUACUUCCACUCGACCGGAGACAAAGCCGGAGACGCGGCACCGACCGCUGAAGCUCCGAGAGAGAGAGCACGAGGUGCAGAAGUACACACAGAGAGAGGCCCUCUGAAGAGUCGAAGGGGAGAGAACGAAAAGGAGACAGAAAAAAGGAUAGAAAAAGGACUCCCGGGAGGCGGAGCCCACCUGCGAAGCGUGCAAGUGGCGUCUCUCCUCAACUGGUCGUAGACUUGUUUUUAAUUCUUCGGAAUGCGUUUCGUAUUUUUUCUCGGUUGCGUCCUGCCGUUCCUCUCCAACUGGCGCUAGAGACACUCGAACCGGACAGGGCCUCAUCUUUCUCACACUCGUCCUCGGAAGGCCUUCCUUCUCCUUUUUUUCGGAGGGGGAAGACUCCCGUUGGCCACCACACCACGCCAGUCGACAAAUAAACCGUCUGGUCUCAUCUGGGAAGCAGACGUUUUGCCAGUCACUCUCGAGUCCUUUCCUGACAUUCUCCUCUCGUUCUUCUCUUCUAAAUACA